AUGUCGUACAACUACGUGGUCACGGCGCAGAAGCCCACGGCGGUGAACGCAUGCGUAACAGGUCACUUCACGUCUGCUGAGGACCUAAACCUGCUCAUAGCCAAAAACACACGUCUGGAGAUCUAUGUGGUCACAGCGGAGGGGCUGAGGCCCGUCAAGGAGGUCGGCAUGUACGGAAAAAUAUCUGUCAUGGAGCUCUUCCGGCCUAAGGGCCGGACGUUUCGUGAAGAUGUGGAGACCAGAAAGAACAGAGUGAGCUGGGACACGGAGAUGCACUGCUUCCUGCAUCCAGGAGGCAUUUCCAGGCUUAAGGAGAGGAUCAUCAAGAGCCGACUGUGGCCAGUGGAGAUCAUGAGGUCCAUGUUAGGUGAAGACAACCUCGAGAUCCCGUUCCAUGGCGUUGCGUUUGUGGACAUGGGUCGUCUGCUGUAUCCUGGAGUCAGUCGCAUCAGAGGGGCCUACACCAUCCAACCUUUCUGCGAGAACGAGAUGCUGAAUAAGGCUAAGCGGAGCGAUAGUGUGCUGAAGAAGCAGGCUAAGUUUGCAGCUAUUCAGGCCAAAGCUCGUGCCAGCUCUGCUGCUCAGAAAAAAGGAGGAAAGAACCUUGAUGGAGGCAAUAAAGGAGCCAAAGACCCAGCGAAAAAGGCCGUGCUGGACUUCCACCGGCAGGUCGGCAACACGGUGGGGGCCGUUCGGGAACAGUGUGACGAAUUGUUCGGAGCAAGUUUCAAACCCAAACACGAGAAUAACCGGGACCAAAUGCUCAGCCAGCUCAUGGGAGCCCUCACGCUCUCCGGGAGAUAUUUCAGCUUCAAGGAGCAAAUGAAGGAUGAAUCCAUCCUGGCUGAGAGGGCUUUUCUGGAGGCCAGGAGGCUGCUGAGAGGAAACGAAGUAAAGGAAGAAACACUCAUAGAAGAGGAAGAGAAAGACUCAGAGAUAAAAAACGAGGAAAAAGUCCACCAGGACUCAGAGGAGCCGGUCUCAUCUCCACCACCUCUCACUGUUGAACAAGACCCAAAUUGUUUGGAGGUGGACAAAGAGGAACACAAAGAGGUUCCAGCACAGGACGCCAGCUCUGUAACAGCUCCAACUAAACUCACAUCCACCAUUUACACUCAGACGGUUCAGUUCCUGCUGCAGAACAACGCCCUGCAGAUGGCGGAGCACGCUCUGUCUCAGGAGCUGCUGUAUUCUGGACAGUUUCGCAGCGUUUCCUACCUCCUCCAUCUGGCUCAGUUUCAAUUACUCAGAGGUGACUACCCCAGUGCUGCCGCCAGCCUCAAAGAGGUUCUGUCUCACCGAUAUCAGGAUGCAAAUGCCUGGUCUCUGAACGGUCACUGCCACUUCCUGCAAGGAGCCCUGACUGAGGCCCAGGAGAGCUACGAGUGGAGCCUCAGCCUCCAGGAGCCACCGUCCGACUCCCACAUCGUGUUCCUGCGUCUGGGAUCCAUCUACCUGAGGCAGGAGAAGUUUGACCGGGCCAAAGUUGUUUACCUGCAGGCCUGUGAGCAGUCUCCAUCAUGUCUGACCUGGCUGGGCCUGGGAAAAGCCUGUUACAGGCUGAAGGAGCUGUGUGUGGCGGAGGAAGCUCUGACUGAAGCCAACCACCUGAACACGGAGAAUGCAGAGGUGUGGGCUUAUCUGUCUCUAAUCUGCUUUAUGUUCAACCUGCAGGAGGAGUCUCUCCUCCAGGAAAUCACCGACCUGAAGAAUCAGCUUCGUUUCAGUCGUCUGACCUCAUGCUUCAGAGCAAGCCCUGAAGCAGAAGUUUAACUCUUAUGACC